AUGGCGAGGCCGAGAGCUACCCACACAGUAGCCUCCUCCAAGCCGAAGCCGAAGGCCAAGCCCAGGUCCAGGGCUAAGCCUAAGGUGGCGACGCCCAGCCCCGUCUCCCUGCUCUCCUCCGGCGUCUCCUCGCCUUCCGCGUGCCGCACGCCGUCCCCUGCCGCCGCCGCCGACCUCAGCUUCCGCCUCUCGCCCUCGUCCCCGCUGGCGAAACCUGGGACCAGGAAUUCUACGCCCCUCGCCUCCCCCGCUGCCACGUCCACCAUCGGAGACCUGAGGAGCCUCGCCGCGUCCCACCUCGACUCCCUGAAGCGCCGCCUCGACGCGCUCCACGGCGACUACGUCCGCGACCUCGAGGCCUCCCACUCCCGCAUCUCCAAGCGCGUCAAGAUGCAGUCCCACGGCUGCCUGCAGCUGGCGGAGGAAGUGGACAAGGAGCAGAAGAAGAUGGCCGACAAGAUCGCCGAGCAUGCGGAGUUGGUGAAGACCUCGUACAAGAAGUUCGUGGCUGAGGUGCAGGCAUCCACAUCUCGUGUGUGCAAGGUGACCGUCCCUGAGAUGGCAAAGUCCGUGGAGAGGACUAUUGAUGGCUUGCGCAGUCGCUACAACAUCUCCGCUACACCAUCAGCUUAG